AUGUCUGUUUUUUCUCCAACGGGCUGCCUGUUGAUUCAGUUCUUCUUGCAAUUUCAGCUUCAAUAUUAUGGGCCAUUCUUCUUCAUUGAUGAACCGUACUGUUGUUUUACAGGAUCAAAAAAGUCAUCAAGUACUGGCAUUAUCAUUGGAGUAGCAGUUGGUUGUUCUGUGCUUGUGCUAUUAGUUAUCUUUGCUGGAAUUUAUGCUUUUCUUCAGCGUAAAAGAGCAAAAAGCGCUUCCGAAAGGAGCAACCCGUUCUCAUCUUGGGACCCUAAAAAAGGAAGCGGCAGUGUUCCACAGCUUCAGGAGCAAAAUGGUUUUCCUUUGAAGAUCUCAAGAAAUGCAUUGACAAUUUUUCAGAAUCCAAGUGCAUUGGAUCUGGAGGCUACGGAAAGCACUUGCGGAGUCACUAAUGGAAAAGAAAAGGAUGCUCCCCUUCUGUGUAAUAUUAACUGA